AUUUUUUUUACUGUCAAAUUCUUCAUAAUGAUUUUCUCUGUUCAUUUUAGAUCAGAAAGCGGUGAAGGAGGAAAUUUCACAACUCAAUGAAAUGGAGGAGAAACCUCAUCAUUUGAUACCCAAUGAAGAAUCUCUGAGCUGCUUGAGUACUUUGAGGAAUUUGUCACAAAAGCAAAAGGCAACAGCCAAAGAUGCUCCUAUUUGCCCUCAGUGCGGAAAGACCUUCACUAAGAACUGUUAUCUUAAUCAGCACAUGAAAAUUCACACUAGAAAAGAGCCUUACAGAUGUGAUCAGUGUGGAAAGAACUUCAUUCGUAGGUCUGACCUUAAUGGGCACAUGAGAAUCCACACUGUAGAAAAGCCUUACAGAUGUGAUCAGUGUGGAAAGAGUUUUAAAAAUAAAUGGCACCUUAAUGACCACUCAAGAGGCCACACUGGAGAAAAACCUUACAGAUGUGAUCAGUGUGGAGGAACCUUCAUUCGCAAGCCUGACUUGAAUAAGCACAUGAAAAUUCACACUGGAGAAAAACCUUAUAGAUGUGAUCAGUGUGGAAAGAGCUUCAGGGGUACAUGGCACCUUAAUCAGCACAUGCAAAUUCACACUAGAGAAAAGAGUGAUCAGUGUGAAAAGAGCGCCAUUGGUAAGUUUGAUCUUAAUGGGCACACGAGUAUUCACACUGGAGAAAAGCCUUACAGAUGUGAUCAUUGUGAAAAGAGCUUCGUUCGUAAGUUCCAUCUCAACAGGCACAUAAGAAUUCACACUGGAGAAAAGCCUUACAGAUGUGAUCAGUGUGGAAAGAACUUUAUUCGGAAGUGUGAUCUCAACCGACACAUGAAAAUUCACACUGGAGAAAAACCUCACAGAUGCGAUCAGUGUGGAAAGAGCUUCCUUCGUAAAACCCAUCUCAAGAGGCACAUGGGAAUUCACACUGGAGAAAAGCCAUACAGAUGUGAUCAGUGUGGACAGAGCUUCAUUCGUAAGUGUGAUCUCAAGAGGCACAUGAGAAUUCACACUGGAGAAAAACCUUACAAAUGUAAGCAGUGUGGAAAGAGGUUCAUUCGUAAGGCCCAUCUCAAAAGCCACAUGAGAAUUCACACUGGAGGAAAGCUUUAAAAAGCCCCUACUCUCCUGACUUGCACAUUUAAAGAGUUCAGAUACAAAAGCCACCAAACGCCACCUCCAUCAAUUAUGAGAUAAUGAUAUUAACUGAAUGCUAUUGGCAAGUGUUAUAUAUUAUUAUAUGGCAAGGAUUGCCAAAUACUUCUGCUUGGCUUAAUCCCAGCAUUUUGCUGCAUACCAAAGUUCAAGUCUGGUGAUCUCUGUCCUGCAAAUUCGUAUCACAGGGAGAUAUGUGACCAGAAGAAAACCAGUUGUCCUAACCAUUUUCUCCACUGCGGUGGCACAGUGCUUAGUCUCAAUUGCUUCACAUUUUAAAUUUAAAUUUAGGCAUUUAGCAGAUGCUUUUAUCCAAAGCUACUUACAAAGAUAAGGAAACAAUCAAGUGAUUUGUCAUAAGGAGGCAAUAAUACAAGAGGUGCUUAUAACAAGUUACAAGUUUUUACAAUUCCGAAACAAUACCUGUUAAGAGAGAAAGAGAGUUAGAAGAGAUGAAGAGCGGCGUUACAUGAGCCAUUUUGGUCUCUUGGAAGAUGAGUCGGGCUGUUGGAGUGGUUUGAUGCUCUGUGCAGGAAGGCCAGCAAGGAGAGCAUUGCAGUAGUCAAACCUAGAGAUUACCAGCGCCUUGAUCAGGAGUUGUGCAACAUGCUCCAUAAGAAGAAGAUAGCAGUGGUAGGAGAAGCCAUGUGCUUGUAUGAUAGGUCUCAAGGAUGUUGUGUAGAUGGAGAAAAGUAGUGGCCCAAGCACUGAUCCCUGAGGAACCCCAGUGAGCAUCUGGUGGGCUGUGGACAACGUGGCCCUCCAUUACACCCUGAAGGAUCUAUUGGACAGAUAGGAUCUAAACCAUUGCUGCUUUCAUCCUCUUCAAAGAGUUUGGGCACUUUAGAGCUCCUGUGUUGCCAAGUAACCUAAGCUUGCAGUUCUGAAGAGCACCCACAGGCGGAAAAGAUAUCGGUGCUUAUAAACACGCACGUUUGUUAAUAAACAUAUAUCUGAUCCCCUCUCCACACACAUUCUAUGACCACUGCCGUUUAUUGGUGCAUUACCACCGCUGUGGUAAAAUACUGUCACAGCCCUAUUCAGGGCAUGACUUUUCUCUCUACUGCGCGUGUAAGGUGAUGCCAAACCCUGACAAAAGGUUUUCGUAGAACUGUCUGAUUCAACAGGGAACCGUUUAUCAAAAAAACUACAUUCUGGUGAGAAACUAAAAAGAUCUCAUCAAGCUCAUAUCUACCUCAAAGACAAUCACCAUUUGUUAUUACACAGAGGAUCUAAAAGAUCUAAUCAAAUUUACAUCUACCCCCAAGACAGCUACCCUAUGGUGUGGGGACAUAAGAGUCACACCCUACCGCACUUUCUCGUCCCACUCUCCUCAAUUUCUCAAAGCAAACUGUAUAUGGGAUGCUACAUUCUGCAUACACAAAGUAUCUGAAACUGGUCUUGUUUGGUGUCAUAUGAAUUAUGAAUGGUUUCAAUGUAAGUGGUACAAUUUGGUUUAUUAAUAUAACAAAAGAAUUCAAUGUUAAAGUGUGACAAUAAAAUAAGUAAACUUAUCCUAAUGUUGGGAGACACCUUCUACCUUAGACAUGUUGACCAAUCACCCACUGUAUGUAUAUUAGGCAACACCCCUGGGUUUGCAAGAACCAAUCAGUAUAUUAUUAUCACAAUGCUUUGUUCUCUGGAUAUUUAAGCAAAAUUUUAAAAGAUUUAGGUGGGAUUUUCUAUAUGCAGAAAGAAACCCCCAUGAUGCUGUAUCUUUGAUCGGAUAUUUGAAUCGGAUUGUAAAUCGGCUUCUGAAUUAUGUUUUUCCCACCUGGUUAAUAAAUUGUUACGUUUACAUUCAUUCUAA